AUGGACAAGUUACCCACAACAAUAACGCAGAUAUUGGCGCCAAUCACUGGCAAUACUCCACUAGACCAGUUAGCAAACUCCGCUGACCGCACCGCAACUAAACUGGACCAAGGAGUCUGUGCCAUGCAGCGCCCAGACGACACACCAGCCAAAGACACAAAUCUAGAAAAGGCAGCUGAAGCCGGCAACCGGCGGUUGGCGACUGAGAGUACGGAGUACCAGCAGGGAUCGACGAGUCGACCCGGAAUUAUGCUAGUACCACCACAUAUUCAGCAAGACAUUGCUCCGCACCAUGCAAAUACAGCUCCAAAACUACACAGGCGGUGGGUAGGAGCGGCAGAACUCCCCGGUAAAAACAUACGAAGCCGCCUUUUCCAUGUAUGGGACCGACGAAACCACAUAAAGUUUUUAGUGGACACAGGAGCAGCAAUCAGCGUGAUACCCCCACCCAGAGAACAGCAAGAUCAAAAAGCGGCCCUGUAUAAGCUCCAGGCAGCAAACGGUUCGACGAUCGAGACAUAUGGAACCAACACACUGACUCUUAACAUCGGCAUGCGGCGUGAUUUUACCUGGACUUUCACCCAGGCAGACGUAAAAAUGCCAAUACUCGGAGCAGAUUUCUUGGCCCACUAUGACCUAGCUGUGCAUAUUAACCCAAGGACUUUAUCAGACAACACAACAAACAUUUCUGUUAAAGGCACCCUCUCUCGACACAACACCACUGGAAUCAGUGGAACAACUUGCCACGGACGAGAAUAUGUCAAGAUCCUGAAUAGAUACCCAGACAUCAUUCAAUCACUCACAGGUACCAGUCCGCUUGAAUACGCCCAAAAGGAAUUCAACAAUAUGCUGAAGGACGGAUUCAUACGACCCUCCGAAAGCCCAUACGCCUCACCCCUACAUCUCGUGCCUAAACUGGGAAGCACAGACUUUAGGGUAUGCGUCGAUUACAGAAGAUUGAAUGCCACAACCAUACCCGAUCGCUAUCCAGUCCCGCACAUACACGAUUUCACCUCAGGGUUGCAGGGCACUCGCGUCUUUUCGAAAAUAGAUCUAACUAAGGCUUACCAUCAGAUCCCCAUAGCUUCGGAGGACAUUCCAAUGACUGCUGUAACCACACCCUUUGGUCUCUUCGAAUACCUCAAGAUGCCCUUUGGCCUAAGGAACACAGCACAAACUUUUCAACGCUUCAUAGAUGAGGUACUGCGUGGCCAAACGUACGCAUAUGCCUACAUCGAUGAUAUCUUAUUAGCCAGCACAGAUGAAAACACACACAAGCAACACCUAAACGAAGUGUUCCAAAGGAUAGCACAUUAUGGACUCCGGCUGAACAUCGACAAAUGCACUUUCGGAGCAUCUGCGGUGAAUUUCUUAGUUUAUUUUUCUUUCUUUUUUCUUUCUUCCUUUCAUUCUCUGUUCAUAUCUGUCUUUCAAUUUCAUUCUGUUAAAAGCUAUUUAUCACUCUUUCUCUCUCUCUCUCACUAUCUAUCUAUCUAUCUAUCUAUCUAUCUAUCUAUCUAUCUAUCUAUCUAUCUAUCUAGCUCAAUUUGUUCAUUUCUAUCUAUCUAUUAA